AUGGCGGCAGGCGAGUCCGCUUUCGAGCAGUUGCAGAAAGACCUAUGUAACUACUGGCAGGAAAUUGUUAGUGUACAUGAGAGUCAUGCGACGUCAAUAAAUGACAAACGGUACGAGGAAAUGCACAAGCAGUACCGGGAUAUAAUAUCUCAAAUCAGUGAUUUGAAUCAAGAAUACACGAGUUGGGCAAAUUCCGUUGUAACGUGUAGCUCUACAGCCUCACGCAAGCGGAGGGCAGAACUGCGCCUCCGCCAGCUGAAAGAAAAGCAAGAAACAGAGCGCAGAAGCGAAGAGGCUCGCCGGGAGCUCGAACUGCAGUCGGCCCGGCACGAGCUAGAACUUGCUGAGAUUGAAGAAGAAGAUUCCGAUGACAGAGGAGUGCUAUCCUUACCCGAAGAGCCAGCAACCGAUGUUCGAGUUGAGAAUUACGUGAAUGACUUACCUGACAAUGCAAUUAGUGAAAAUCUUUGUGAUAAUAUACCAUCAAGACAAAUUUAUUCUCAAAACGUUUAUGGUUUACCUAAACCGGAGUUGAUUAAAUUUAGUGGGAAUCCUGCUGAUUAUUGUAAAUUCAUCAGCAAUUUCGAAACCAAUAUCGAGGCAAGGGUAAGUGACAAUAGAUUAAAAUUAAAUUAUUUAAUUCAAUUGUGUCAGGGUGAAGCAAAAUAUUGUAUCGAAGAUUGUGUAAUUUUGUCUCCGGACGAAGGCUAUUUAAGGGCUAAAGAAAUCCUUAAAUCUAGGUACGGUAAACCACAUUUAGUGGCCCGGUCCCAUGUGGAUAAUUUAGUAAAUGGCAGUGCCAUAAAAAAUAAUGACGUAAAGGGACUAAUGAACCUGUCACUCCAUAUGGAGAAAUGUCAUAUGACCUUGACACAGCUAGGUUUUAUGUCCGAUGUGAAUAAUACGGAAAACCUACGCAAAAUAGUUAGGAGACUUCCACUUCACAUUCGGUCCCAGUGGGUCGAACGUGCAAGUAGCCUGAUAGAGCAGGGGCUCGAACCAAGUUUUAACCAUCUUCUAACCUUUGUGAGGGAACGGUCAAGUGUAGCCAAUACAAUGUAUGGUUAUGACCUUGCGAAUGAGUCAAAACAAACAGCGAAUUCGCAAAGAAAUUCUCACAUAAACCCUUCUCAGCGUAAUAAAGUAGUUACACUGUCCACUGGCUCUGAUAAGAGAAAUUCAGGUAAAUCUCCCUUAGAGAAAUCCGCUAGGGACGAUUAUCAUGUAUUUAUUGUAAAAAGGCCCAUAAAUUAA